AUGGAGGCCAAACCGUCUGCACCAGGAUACCCACAAGCGCCACCAGCUUACGCAGAAGCUGCUGGUGGUGUGCCACCAGCACCUGGUGUCUACCCACAACCAAUGCCAGGACAGCCAGGACAGGGUCCGAUAUACGUUGUCCAACAGCCCCAGGAGAUCAUCGUCAUUCAGGCGACGGGAAAAAUCGCCCCAUCUUUCGACUCGUACAAUGAGCACUGUCCACAUUGUAAUACCAUGGUCAUGACUCGUGUGGAGCGUUCCAUGGGAUUCUGCUCCUGGACGAUGCUCUUUUUGGGUCUCUUCGUCUUCUUUCCACUUCUCUGCUGCUUCUGCUUGGACGGCUUCAAAGACUCGAGACACGCGUGUCCAAACUGUGGAAACGUUCUCUCUUAUAAGAGAAGAUAA